UCGAUUAAUUUUGACAGGUCGGAACAACUGCGAGCGGUAAAAAAAGCAGGACCGAGCUUGAGGAUUUAAACAUAAACAAAAUCCAUCAUAGCAGAGGUCAUCAGAGUGCAUCAGUUUCAUCGAAAUCCUGAAAAACAGACCAGAUAUGCCUCGUUCCUAUUCCCGUUCGCCGUCUCGCUCGAGGAAGCCCUCCCGGCGGCGAUCCCGGUCAAAAUCACGCGACAGAGAUAAGUACUCGAACCGCAGCAGCGAUUACGACAGGUACCGACGCAACGAUGACCGUUCGUCAAAGUCCCGUUCAACAGUAUCCGCAGCAGCAUCUUCGUCAUCCAAGAGAACUGGCAGCCACCAUUCGCACCGGCAUGGUCAUCGUGAUCGCGGUGAUCACCGUCAUCACCACAAAAAGUCCUCCACUGGCCAGGACUAUCGCAGACGAAGCCAAUCGAAUGAUCGUGACCGUGAACGGCGGGAACGGGACCGGCCACGGAAGCGUUCUAAUUCGAGGGAACGGUACUCUAAGAAAAGGGAUGCUUCCAGCAGUUCAUCCAGUAGCAGCAGCAGCAGUAGCGGAAGUAGUUCCGGCAGUUCCAGUUCGUCCAGUAGCUCAAGUUCUUCGACGUCGAAGAAAUCGACGGAGCAAAAGUCAAAGGAAUUUGUGUUCAAAUCAAUGGAGGAGAAACUCGAACCACAACCAGACAGUAAGGCGGAUGUUCUGGAAAAGUUGAAUGCCGAUGAGUUUGUUCCGCAGGCGUUCGUGUCGACGAAGAAACCGGCUGCAAAUCAGACCGGAGGAAAUAUCGUGAUAGAUUUGGCUGCACAAACCAUUAAGGUUCCCAAGGCGGAAGAGGAACAAGCUGAGGAUCCGUUGUUCCACCCUCAAUUCUUUGGAAAUGACGACGAACGAAUGACCCGAUGGAUUCGCAAACUGCUGUUUAUGAGACAAAAUGCAUAAACUUGAAAUACAUAAAUUUAUUCAAAAUCGCUUAA